AGCUGAAUAGCAAAACAGAUGACACAAUGAGUGAGUUAGGAUUAUCUAGGGAAAAUUGUGAAAUAAUUUUUAAAUCCUUCAUAAGAGUCAUUACAUUGUCUUCUGCUAUUUGAACAGGCAAAAAGCCAUGGGAAGUUUCAACACCAGUUUUAGAGAUGGCUUCAUUUUAAUGGGCUUCUCAGAUUGGUCUCAACUGGAGCCCAUCCUUUUUGUCUUUAUUUCAAUUUUCUACUCCUUAACUAUCUUUGGCAACACCACCAUCAUCACUCUUUCCCUCCUGGAACCUCAAUUGUACAUGCCCAUGUACUUCUUUCUUAGACAUCUUUCCUUCCUGGACCUCUGCUAUACCACCAGCACUGUGCCCCAGCUUCUGAUCAACCUUCAUGGACUUGACCGGACCAUCAGCUAUGAAGGGUGUGUGGUCCAGCUCUUCAGCUCCCUUGCCCUAGGCUCCACUGAAUGUGUGCUCCUAGUGGUGAUGGCCUUUGACCGCUAUGCUGCUGUCUGUCAUCCACUCCACUACACAGCCAUUAUGCACCCCCACCUCUGCCAGACCCUGGCUAUUGCCUCCUGGGUAGGCGGCUUCAUGAACUCUCUGGUUCAGACAGGCCUCAUGAUGGCUAUGCCUCUCUGUGGUCUCCAUCUCCUGAAUCACUUCUUUUGUGAGAUGACUGUUCUCCUGAAGCUGGCUUGUGAGGACAUAGAAGGGACAGAGACCAAGAUGUUUGUGGUUCGAGCCAUAAUCUUGGUUGUUCCUGCAGUACUAAUUCUAGGCUCCUAUGUAUACAUUGUUCAGACAGUGCUGAAAGUCAGAUCAGUGGCUGGGAGAAGAAAGGCUUUUGGGACUUGUGGGUCCCAUCUCUUGGUGGUUUCCCUUUUUUAUGGCUCAGCCAUCUAUACAUACCUCCAACCCAUGCACAGUUAUUCUGAGAGUGAGGGAAAGUUUGUAGCCCUUUUCUAUACCAUAGUUACCCCUAUGCUUAAUCCUCUAAUUUAUACCCUACGGAACAAGGAUGUGAAGGGGGCUGUGAGGAAGGUACUAGGGAGGGGCAGAUACUCAGUGUAG